GCUAUCCAAGAGUUUUAAAAAAUGAUCUUUUUCCCCUUUGGAGGGGAGGAGUGGUGGAAUAAUUUACAUCUAAGCUUGGUAGGGUGUUAAAGCAGCGACGUAAUUAGUUUUACAUAAACUAUUUGUUAGCUAGAAAACCAAGGGAUAUUAUAAGUUCAAGCCAUGACAAUGUACUGCUUUAACUUAAUAAUAAAAAUUGCCCAAGUGACACUGUGUCUUUGUUGAAUGGAUUUUCUUACACCAUCUGGCUGUCAUUGUCGUUUUUUGUUGUUGCUUUCAUUUGAAAUGUGCUGAUGAUCUUAUUUUUAUUCCGUAGCAUUGAACAGAUGGGUUGAUUAUUCUUUUCAGAUAUUAAUAAGGCAGCGGAAAGAAGAAAAAUGAAUACGGCUCCAUCAAGACCCAGCCCCACACGAAGGGAUCCCUACGGCUUUGGAGACAGUCGAGAUACAAGACGUGAUCGAUCCCCAAUUCGAGGAAGUCCAAGGAGAGAACCGAGGGAUGGCAGAAAUGGCCGAGAUGUCCGGGAUAGCAGAGACAUUCGAGACCCCCGAGAUUUGCGGGAUCACAGAGAUAGCAGAGACAUUCGGGAUCACAGAGACACCAGAAGUAUGCGUGAUGCUCGGGACAUGAGGGAUCUUAGAGACUUUCGUGACCUAAGAGACUCUAGGGAUUUUCGAGAUCACCGAUACCCCAUGUAUGACCGAUAUAGAGACAUGAGAGACUCCCGAGAUACUAUGUACAGGAGAGAAGGCUCUUAUGAUAGAUACCUACGGAUGGAUGACUAUUGCAGGAGAAAGGAUGACUCUUACUUCGAUCGUUACAGAGAUAGCUUUGAUGGACGAGGCCCUCCAGGCCCAGAUAGUCAGUCUCGUGCAAAAGAGCGUUUGAAACGAGAGGAACGGCGUAGAGAAGAGCUUUAUCGUCAGUAUUUUGAAGAAAUCCAGAGACGUUUUGAUGCUGAGCGCCCUGUGGAUUGUUCUGUGAUUGUGGUCAACAAGCAGACUAAAGAUUAUGCUGAAUCUGUGGGGCGAAAGGUGCGAGACCUAGGCAUGGUAGUGGACUUGAUCUUCCUCAACACAGAGGUGUCACUAUCACAAGCCUUGGAGGAUGUUAGCAGAGGAGGGUCUCCUUUCGCUAUUGUCAUCACUCAGCAGCACCAGAUUCACCGCUCCUGUACAGUCAACAUUAUGUUUGGGACUCCACAAGAGCAUCGCAACAUGCCCCAGGCAGAUGCCAUGGUGCUGGUGGCCAGAAAUUAUGAGCGCUAUAAGAAUGAGUGCCGGGAGAAAGAACGUGAGGAUAUUGCCAGACAGGCAGCCAAGAUGGCCGAUGAUGCCAUCCUCCAGGAAAGAGAGCGAGGAGUCCCUGAGGAGGGAGUGCGUGGAGGGCACCCUCCAGCCAUCCAGAGCCUCAUCAACCUGCUGGCAGACAACAGGUACCUCACUGCUGAAGAGACUGACAAGAUCAUCAACUACCUGCGAGAGCGGAAGGAGCGGCUUAUGAGGAGCAGCACCGACUCUCUGCCUGGCCCGAUUUCCCGCCAACCACUCGGGGCGACCUCGGGUGCCUCGCUGAAGACACAACCAAGCUCCCAACCACUCCCAAGCAGCCAAGUGCUCCCCUCUGCUACACCCACUCCAGCUGCACCCCCCACCUCCCAGCAAGAGCUUCAGGCCAAAAUCCUCAGCCUCUUCAAUAGUGGCACGGUCGCGGCCAAUAGCAGCUCUACAUCCCCCUCAGUUGCUGCCGGAAGCACCCCGAACCAGAAUUUUGCCACAUCAGUGAACAGCCAGCCUCAGCAAAGAUCACAGGCCUCUGGCAAUCAGCCUCCAAACAUUUUGGGACAGGCAGGAUCUGCUCAGAACAUGGGCCCCAGGCCUGGGGCUCCUUCCCAAGGGCUCUUUGGCCAGCCUUCCAGUUGCCUCGCACCUGCUGGUAACAUGGCUAGCCAGAGGUCCGUGUCUUCCACAAGUAUCAACUUUGACAAUCCGAGUGUACAGAAGGCUCUGGACACCCUGAUCCAGAGUGGCCCUGCUCUCUCCCACCUGGUUAGCCAGACCACAGCACAGGUGGCAAGGCCCCCAGCGCCCAUGGGAUCGUACCAGAGGCAUUACUGAGGCUACGUUUUUCAACUCUUCCUGGUCCCCUCAUCCCCGGGCCUCCUCCCAUUUAUUUCGUUCUAUGUAGAACUGUUUGGAGGAUGUUCGUCACGCUCUCCGGGUCUACAUUGAAGGUCAUACGUCUCUACCACCUGCUCUCUUCUGCUGAAAGCUAUGUUGCUUAUUCCUUACAGAGUCAGAGUUUAUGCUGCAUUUGAGGUGUAUCUUUCGUUUCUGUUUUUUGGGGUUUUUUGGUAGGAAAUAUCUGGAAUCACUUGAGCAAUACUGGUGUCUGGGCUCAGUUGGUGUUUAAUGGGGUUUCUCUGGUCCCUCUGUCUGCUGGAUUUAGAGGGGAAAAUGAAGAAGCCAGGCCCCAGUUGGCUGUUUGGGUUGGCAUUUGUCAUGGUAAUAGCCACCACCUUUGAUGUUGAACCUUGCCAGACUUCCCAGUUUCUCACAUCAACCAGAACCACGCUCCUGCCUGCAGCCUCUGCCUCCGGCUGCAGAGGGGCAGAUUCAGCUUGGCAGACACAGCGUCGUCUUUGCCCCAGCAUCAUCCUUGCCCCAGCCCACGCGGAUGGGGAGUCUGUUCGAGGAUUCGCAGUUUAACCGCUCUGCUUUGUUGAAGAGUGGCCAUGGCAGCCACAGAAGCAGCAGCUCGUCAGCCCAAGUCCGGGGGGGCUUGUUUUCAUGUCCUUGGAGGAUCUGCAGUGGACUGAACGGCUGUGACCACCAGCACGGUAACACCAGCUGUGGAUCUGGACCCUGCCUCUCAUCCCCGUCAGAUUCUGUCAGCACCUCCCUCUCCAAUGGCGCCCCCAUGGAAG